AUGAAUCACACAGCAGUGCAUCGGAGAACCAGCAGCGGCUCCACGGUCCGAGCCACUGUGGGCUCUCAGAUAGGCUUGCCUCCCGGCGCCCAGAAUCCCCCAAAUACCGUGUCAGUUCGCGCAUCGCUCUGGAUACAUGAUGAUGCAUUCUCAUCUGAGGAUGUUUUGAUCAAUGAAGCCAUCCUGGCCGGCUCGGAUAUCCGCGAAGGCGGCUUGAUCAAAAUCUUCCCAGCUACUGAAGCUUCAGAUGUCCGGGACUUUCAAUCGCCCAACAAUGAACAGGCUGACUCCAGGCGCAACACUGGCCCUUUGAUCGAGACUGGCGAUAUAUCCAUCAGGGACGACUACUAUCUGUGUAUAGCCAAGUUUGCGUCCGCCGAGUUCAAGGCAAAACAAGCCAACUUGCAAGUCUCGAUUAAGAGUAAUAUUGCCACAGCUUUCGGAUUUAGAUCGCGCUCGCAUGUCCGCAUAUUCCCUGCUUCUUUCGAGGAAUCGACGGCUUCCCAUGUGGAAUUCAGCUUCAGGGAUACCUAUCUCGCAAGAUCGGACAUGUGGCGGCUCGUUGGGCAAGAGUUGGCGGGCACGACAGUUUAUGUCGGACAGAGGAUCACGUAUUUGGGGAGCAUCAAGCUCACGGUCAAAUCUAUUCACGUGCGAAACCACAAAGCGCCUACUGCUUUUUUUGCCGGGACCACGAUCCCAGUCUUCCGCAGCGAAGCGGCGCGGUAUGUGCUCUUCAUACAAAUGUCCAGCGAAAUGUGGGAUUUUGAUUCCGAGGGCAAUGGUGAGAUCAUGUUCAAUCGGGUUAUUAAUGGAUUUCUUCCCGAAAUUUUCAAAAGAUGGACCGACCUGGAUGUUCGACACCUUGUCAGCAUUGUUCUUUUCGGGCGUCUGGAGUACGACCGCUUUGAACUCGCUCGAAAUAAGGAUAGAAGACUAGAAACCGCACCAAUGUCAGGCUCUCCCAACAUGACCGCUCGCCAAUACCAGGACUUCUACAGGGUGGUCGUCACAGAUAUGGCCAGUGCGCAAUGGACAACAAUCUUGGAUGAACUCAAAAAGGACUUUCUUGUCUUUUUGAGAGAUAUCUCCCUGCACACUUCAAACACCAAGGGAAUAAUAUCAGAAGACGCCAAGGCGCCGCCUACGCGCAUUGCUGGCAGACCAAGCGCUGCACUAAAGGGAAAUAUACUGGAAGCUAUUAAUAUCGCCAGCAGUCAAUUUGCUCACGACUUUGAGGACCGAGAUCUGAUCCGGACUGGCGUUUCGAUCGUGGUUGUCACAGCAGGGACUGGCGUUUUCGAGGUCAACCGAGAUUUGUUGAACCUGACAUCGCAGAACUUGACGAAUAAUGGUGUCGGCAUUGAUAUCGUUUGCCUUUCUAGGAUGCCAUUGCACUCCGUGCCUCUAUUCAAAUACCGCACAUCUGGAGUUGAGGAAUCGUCUCUGCCUUCGGUGGUUGAGGAAUUCACCAACCCCGAACACAGGUACGGAUCUGGUCCAAGCUUUUUCGAUUCGAGCCAGCCUCGCAAGCUCUCCCCGGCACUGUCGUCUGCGGCGACAAAUAGCACGCAAUACUUUGCGAGCUUUAUUUCGGGCCGGAGUCACGAAAGUUCUCAAGGGUGGAGCUAUGGCAUUCCGCAGUGGGUUGACCUUUCAUACUGGUCGGCUGAGGGAGAGCCAGCCGUGAUGAGAUUUCUGGAGGAUGUCCCGAAGGAUGCGGACGGUAUCUCAAAACGCAAGAAGGGACCUUUCUUGCCUCGAGUGAGGAUGUACGAGAUCCAAAUGAUGGGACUUAUGGAGUUGGGCAUGGCCGACAUGGUCAUCCCAUUCAUGACAGAAACUCAAGCACUGUUCCCAGGUUCGCACAAACGCACGGGCUCGAAACGCAGAAGAGCACCCGGAAGUAGGAGUCUGUCACAUUCGCCAACACUAUCACGCAAGAGUCGCCUCGGCCCAGAACCUGCGCGGAUAGCCCAGGGGUUACUGUCAAUAAAUGCCAGAGCACUGGGAGACAUAUUCGACCGUAUGGACGCAUAUGACUCGCUGUUGUUCGAGGUCCAGUCAACCGCAGAGACCAGAUCUAAGGCCACGAAGACAACAAGUAGUAGUUUGGCAAGGACUAAUACAGCCUCCUCGACGCAGCCAAGCAAGCUUCAGCCUGGAAAUGAAGCACCAAAAUCGGGGUCCGGAUUGACAAAGGUGCUCACCAACAAGUCUCUGAAUUCGCCUUUCCGGCCACAGCUCCCGUCUCUGGUCUCGGCAGACGCUUCAAGUCCCCCACUAGCAACAAAGAAAAGCCGCGAAGCAUCAAAGGUCAACCGGACGCUUAACUAUUCCUUGAGAGGGUUGGCUCCACCUGUUCGUGCUGUCGCUAGCACUGAAGUGAACAUUACCAACGUAGAGGCACACUCGCCAUUCGGCAACCUUGGCCACUCGCGACCGACAGUGGCAACGUCAGCCGCUAGCAUACGGUCGGUGUCCACUAAUAGUGUGCUCGGAGACAAGCAUAAAGAGAAUUCCGAUCCCCUGGAAAGGUCGAAUUCUCGAUCGUCCGGUCUACCAGAGGACACACCGUCAAAACCGAUCUCGAUAAAUACCCCUUUGCGGAAGAUUCAAGAUGAGUUUCUCGCCGGAUCUCAAAGAUCAAGCUCCACAACCCGGCGGGUUCAAAGCCAUACAUCUGCGUCAAAGGAUGAACUGGGAUACAACAAAGAGGCGGAAAGCGAGUCGUCGCACUCUUCGGUUAGCGAUGAAGCAGACUACUCUGACAGCGUCGAGCCUGCUGAAAGCCAGUUGGGAAUGUCGGUCGCCAGCUCUGUUCCAAGAAGUACUCUCCCAUAUGUACGCAAUGUCAACGCCUCAAAUCCAUUGAAACGACAUCCCGAACGAGAGUCGUUCUUUGGCAGGUGGCAGCAUCUCUAUCCUCGAAAGCCACGUGCUGCUACCGUCAAAUGGAAGUCUCUGUGCACCCCUGCGUCGGUCCCUCUGACAACAGAGGAUUUCCCCACAAAAGAUGAGCUUGAAAUGGACUAUGACUCUGAACAAUACCACGUCAUACUAGCCAAUUCCAACGAGAUGCUUGAAGAGCCCGAGUCCCGCGACAAACUCCUUGGGGAGAUGCUUGCCCUCAGGUUCGCUCAUGGGUACCAACUCGUGGUUGGUCCGUCAUUGCUCGAAGCUGUCGGGCCUGGGACGUGCGACACGUCUUCGUUCUUCACGCCGAAUCUUGUGCGCCCUGAUGGUUCCUUCAUUGUCAUGUCAAUGGGCAACACGAUACAGAAGUUGUCCCUCGAAGUGAAAAAUCGCAUUCAGGUGACCAAGUAUGUUAGAAGACCCCCAAGUGUCCAGCCUCCCUAUCCCCAAGAGAUCCACUAUCAUCCCAACAUCAGGACUAUCCUCUCCGGAGCAUACAAAAUACGAGAUUUGCAGUUCAACGGGUUUUCCGAGCAGUAUCCAUGGGAGGCGGCCGACAGGUACUUGGCUGACUUCAGGAAGCAAAACGAGGUAGACGUCAAAGCUCUCCGUUUCUGGCGGGCAAGAUUUGUGCUCAUCCCAGUAGCGCUACCCGCCAACUCCUGGAGGCCAACACUGUCCGAGGCUGAAGAAAGCGAUGAAGAGAUUCAUCUGCGCGGCAUUCGAGCACUGACGCAGAUGUGGCAAAAAGCACGAUAUGUGCCGCCGGAUGAGAGAAGACCAGCUCAUACUCGGCCAAGCACCUUGAAAGGCAAGGACAGAAAUCCGUUGAGGAUCAAUCUCGAAACUCUCAAUCCGUCUGAGUUGGUGGCGACGGAGCUCGACAAGCUCAUCGCGGCUGAAGAGGCGGGCGAGGUACAAACCACACAGCUCCUGCCCGAGGCCGAACAGUUCGAUAGGGACUCCUUUAGUCUCCCAAAGCUAGCGCAAGCCUUGCAAGGCGAAAACGGGAUAGAGAUCAAGACUCGGCGCUGGCACUUCAAGCUGUACUACAGUUGCUUCAUGGGGGAAGAUCUAACAAAUUGGCUAGUACACAAUUUCAGGGAUAUUGAUACUCGUGAGGAAGCCGUUGAGUUGGGCAAUGAUCUCAUGAGGGAGAAUCUUUUCGAACAUGUCAAUAGCAAGCACAACUUCAAGGACGGGAACUAUUUCUAUUCCAUCAAGCCCGAGUUCCGCACCCAGCGAACGGAAGCGAGGCAGUCAUGGUUUCCCGCGAGCCGGCGCUCAGAUCGAUCGAUUCCGCCCACCCCUGCAACCGAGCAUCCGACUCGAGAGUUGAUCAGUGGCAGAUCACGAUCAGGUUCCAACCUCGCUAACCAUGGGCAGGUGGCUUCUGAACUGGCGAAGACGCUGGGCGACAAGAAAAGACGAACUGUGACUUUGAGCAAGAUGAUUCGGAUCGAUGUCGAUACGAGAAAACGGUCCAACAGACCUGAAAUCAUCAACCUGCAUUAUGACAGACUUCACAACCCAGAGAACUGCUAUCAUCUCGAAUUGGCUUGGUUCAAUGUCACCUCGAAAUUGGUCGAUGACGCCAUCGUCAGCUGGACUACACAAGCUGAGAAGUACGGGUUGAAGCUUGUCGAAGUUCCCAUAGCGGAAGCGUUCAAGGUUCCUGAGCACGAACCGUUUCGUGCCGCCUACCACAUCAAGCUUGCUCUCGAGCCUCCUCGCCGCAACUCGGUCAGUACACUGUACUUUACGGCGUCGUCUUUCGGGCCACAAGCGCCACUCAAUCCCGAUAAUCACUUCUACCAAAAGGAACUAUUGAAGGGUUUCAACUUCGUCCUCGAUCUCGAAGCACCGUCGGAGUUUCCGCAAAACGUCGAGAUCAAGUAUUCCUGGGGGGAUCUAGACUAUCGCUACACGCAAUUCGUCCACCGCUCAGGAGUCGUCCUUGCGCAGAUUACGGACGAGGGUGACAUCCUUCUCCUAGCAAACAGGCUGUAUAACUCGCGUCAAGCGGCUGCAAAAGACACAAGCUCAAAAUUCGAUGCUAGUAAGAAAGAUCUCACGUCCAAUGCCUCCGCCUCUAUGCUCCUACGUCCUCAGACAUUAUCCUCGACCCAUUCUGCGCCAAGCAUGCAGGCCUCAGGAAUCAUAGGAUUAAAUGUACAAUCUCCCCGUGCUGGAGCCUACGCAUCACCGCUCGUUCGGCCCCUAACGUCGAUUCCCAUCUCUCCCCCUCAAAAGGCAACAGAGACAACAACAUCCACCGCCACCCCAUCCGCAUCCGGCGCACUUCCAGCUCCACCUGCGACGCCCAAGGUCACGGCCGAUGUCCUCGGCACUCGCCGGGCGCUCAUCGCCUCCGGGUUCGGGCAGUUUGUGACUCCGGAACAGAUCAAGGACCAGCUCGAGGCCUUUUGCAGUGACAAGGCGCGGUUAGAAGUCUUUUACAGAGAAGUCACUGAGAAACUUCCGGCGCAGCAUCCCGCGCUGAGAGAACACGAGAGGCAUGUUGGAGGAGGAGGAGGCGGACCAUCCAUAGGAAGGGACAGGGGAUACAGAACCGCCGGGACGGGCUCGAGCUUGCUCAGGCCGAUCAGGGAACCCGAGACGGAGACGGGCAUUCCCGAGUUCAGAUUACCGGACCCAUUGAACAUUGGCCUGAAGAAGAAGGACCACCUGUCCCUGUCUGUGUCUGUGUCCGGAUCUGGACUCGGUCCAGGUGGCGCCAGCGGGACGACGAGCUCAUGA